ACAGCCCGUCAGCAGCGACGUUAAGCCUGGUCAUCGCAACGCAAAUUAGAUAACGGUACCGGUAAGGACACGCCUGUCAUGAGUUUGAAGGGAAACCGUUGCCAAAUGAAGUUUGACAGGCAGCUUUAGCUCUCAUCGGGUAGCUAGCGGUGUCGGCUACAAGUGCCGCUUCGCGUCGCGCGGCAGCUCGGACCCCCCCGUUUAGCCUCCCGAAGCGGCUCGUGAACGCUCCGUGACCCACGACGCUAAUGGCUUUGACUCUUUAAAUCGUCCAUUCACUCCAGCAAUGCGUACCUCGUCGCCUGUGGGUAACGCUAGCUUUGCCGGAUUAUUGCAGCCUGCGGUAGAACCGUGCCCUGCCCAGCGGCGGCGUCACUCAGCGCAUUUCACAUGAGGAUGAGUGACCGUUAUGAGAAAGUCACGGUUCAGCUCGAGCAGAUGAAAGCUUUUGCCGAGGAUGCGGAGAAGGAGGGUGUGGAUCCCGAAGAGCAGGUGCCUCCGUCUUCCCCCUCUGCCUCUGUCUCACCGGACCCCUCCAGCACCACCGUAGCCGGCUCAGAUGCAUCCAGCACCUCCACCACUAGUAAACACAGAGGGAAAGGUCGCAGCAAGCCGGGGAGGGAUGACAAGACUCCCUGUGGCAGGCACAUCCCCGAUCUGUCACUGCAAGGCUCUGUGGUCACAGCUCAUGCUGAGAAAAACUUGAACAAACUGGGCUAUGAGCGGGCCCUUCACAUCAAGGGGACUGGGAAGAUCCUGCAGGGCAAAUCAGAGCCCAAUGGGAACUAUGUAACCAUUCAAGCGACCAAAAACAUCCAAGAAAGUCGUCGUGACGACGGAUUCAAAGUGACAAAGAAGAGGAGACCUGUGACAGUGGACACUUCGAAAGCCAAAACCUCACUGGAGGCGCUGAAAAUAAGCAUCAAGCAGCUGAAGUGGAAAGAGUUUCCUUUAGGCAGACGAGCAGCGUGUGAUAUCUACUGGCACGGGGUUUCCUUCCACGACAAUGAAAAUAUCGUCUCAGGGCAGGUCAACAAGUUCCCAGGUAUGAUUGAAAUGCUGAGGAAGAUCAACAUGAGUCGAGCAGUGCGGACUAUGCAGGAGCUUUUCCCAGAGGAGUACGAUUUCUAUCCCCGCUCCUGGAUCCUGCCUCAGGAGUACCAGCAGUUUUCCUCACAGAUCCGUAUGGUGAAGGAGAAAGAUGCCACCGUCAAUCCCACCUUCAUUGUCAAGCCGGACGGGGGCUCUCAGGGGGAUGGUAUCUACCUCAUCCGUGACCCCAGCGACCUGAAGCUCGUGGCGGGAUCACAUGCCAAACAGGCUGUAGUCCAGGAGUACAUCCAAAAGCCGUUACUCAUCGACAAGCUGAAAUUUGAUAUCCGCCUCUACGUGCUGAUCAAGUCCCUGGAGCCGCUGGAGAUCUACAUUGCCAAAGAAGGCUUAACACGUUUUUGCACGGAGCCCUACCAGGAGCCAAGCCAGAAGAAUUUGAGUCACGUCUUCAUGCAUCUGACAAACUACUCCCUCAACGUCCACAGCGGCAACUUUGUGCACUCGGACAGCCAGAACACGGGCAGCAAGCGCACGCUGUCCAGCGUGCUGUUCAGGUUAACAUCGAAAGGUGUCGACAUCAAGAGGGUGUGGUCGGACAUCAUCGCUCUGGUUAUCAAGACUGUCAUUGCUGUGGUGCCUGAACUGAGGGUGUACUAUCAGGCCGACAUACCGCCUGGCAAACCAGGACCCACCUGCUUCCAGAUUUUAGGUUUCGACAUUCUGCUGAUGAAGAACCUCAAGCCAGUGUUAUUAGAGGUCAACUCCAACCCCAGUAUGAGAAUAGAGCAUGAGCAGGAGGUGGCACCCGGAGUUUUCGAAUAUGUUCCCAGUCCCGUGGAUGAAGGGGUCAAAGUGGGUGUGAUAAGGGACACGCUGCGCCUCAUGGACCCAGGCUGCAUGAAAUCCAGAAUAAGCUCCCAGUCGAGACCUGCCGGGCUGGAGCAGGACAUUCCCACGGACGCCGAGUCCCCGGAGCGCAGCCCGGACGAAGCCCUGCCCUCCCUGUGUCUGAAGCAGGUCUACCCAAAGUACGCCAAGCAGUUCAACCACCUGCGGCUGGUGGAGCGGAUCGCCGCUCUCUUCAUUCGCUUCCUCGGGGUCAAGGGCAACAUGCGGCUCGGCCCCACCGCCUUCCGGACCUUCAUCAGGACCUGCAAACUGAGUAACACUAAUUUCACCAUGGCUUCAGUGGACAUCCUCUACAUCGACAUCACACGUCGUUGGUCAGGAACAAUGUCCGACUCCCGAGAAGCAGGAAUGGGCCUGCAAGCCUUCGUGGAGGCUUUCUUCUACCUGGCCGGCCGCAGGUUCAAGUCUCUGGCGCUGAAGGAGCAGGCGGUGUCGCUGCUGGAGCUCUGUGAGGCUCAGCUCGGGCCGCCGUCGGGCAGCGAGGAGCGGCGCUCCGUCAGCUGCAGCAGGGCGCUGCCGCGAGCCAUCAAGACCCAGACGCUGUGCCUCACCAACCCUCAGCUGGGCUCCCCGGCGCCCCUGCGGAGGGCGGUCAGCCAGGACGCCCGGCCGCACCCCAGACUAAAACCCCGCGCGCUGAGAGCCAACGUGGAGAACUGACGCCGGCGGAUCAGCAACCCAACCCCCGACAUGCCUUUGGACUUUUUUCCCUGCAGGUGCAAAGAAAUUAGGUGGCCAUUUUUUUUUUCCCUGCUCUCCUUUGCUCUGUAGCUCA